AUGGAUUUAAUUUCACAACAUGACGAUGAAGAGAGUUCUAAUGAGAAUUUAAUUCUUCAUCUUACAACAGAAUUUAAAAAGCCUUUUACAGGCUGGGACUUUUCAUAUCUUAAAGGUCGCAUGGAAGAAAAUUCCGGAUCUUUAGGUUGGAAUUAUGAAAAUACCGUGAGAAGUUUGUUACCACAUCAUAAAGGGCUUUUAGAUAUGGGAACUGGUAGCGGUGAAUUUCUUGCUUCUUUGAGUCCUUUACCUCCAGAUACUUGUGCAACAGAAGGUUGGGCUCCCAAUAUUGAUAUUGCAAGAAAACGUUUAAAACCUUUAGGAGUAACAGUUACAGCAAUUACCGAUUAUGACGUUAGAUUACCAAUUAAUGAUGCAAGGUUUGAUUUGAUAAUUAAUAGACAUGAACCAUAUAUUAUCUAUGAAGUACAUAGGCUCCUUAAACAAAAUGGCAUAUUUGUGACACAACAAGUUGGAGAAAGGGAUAAUAUAGAAAUAAAUAAAUUAUUAGGUGCACCAGAACAUCUUGGUUAUCGUGAAUGGCAUUUAGAACAAGCUUGUAGUGAAAUGGUCAAGGCGGGAUUCACCAUACUUGAGAAACAAGAGGCUUUUAUAGAGACAAAAUUUUAUGAUGUUGGUGCAAUUGUUUACUAUUUAAGAGCUAUUCCAUGGCAAAUUGAGGAUUUUUCAGUGGAAAAGUAUUCUGAACAAUUGAUAAAUUUACAUCACAAAAUUCAGAAUGAAGGUUACCUUUCUGUAGAAAUUAAAAACCGUAAAAUUAAUCCAGUCAAGCUUAUGAGAUCAGUAAAUGAUCAAAAAAUUAAUGAUAUCCAAUAA